AGGCUAAAGCAUGAUGAAGUUGACUAAUAAUAUUCUUUAAUGAGAUACCGUUUACUCUCUUCUACUUUCUCCGCAACUCACAUUUCUUCGAUCUCUGAAUCUGGACGUUACACAACCACCCUUUAAAACCCCCCCAAUUUCACCGCAACUGAAUCUCAAACUAAACUGAAAGAACGAAUCGAGUUCUCUCUCUAACCGAAAACGACGUCGCUUUUCAAAUUCUCGUCAACGCGCUCAUCUCGUUCAGUUCCUUCGUGCAUCACAGAUAAAGCCGUGCGGUUUUGUACUUGUGGUGCAGGCCAGUGAAAAAUCCAGUUUCUAUAUUGGAAAUUCUAGUUCAAUAUGUCAUCUGCAAGCAAGGGUGAUAGGAAGGCUUCCCUUGAUGCAGCAUCAUGGUUGUUUAACGUGGUCACAUCUGUGGCAAUAAUCCUUGUGAAUAAAGCCCUAAUGGCCACUUAUGGGUUUAGUUUUGCCACAACUUUAACUGGCUUGCAUUUUGCCACUACAACCUUGUUGACGAUCAUUCUUAAAUCGCUGGGAUAUAUCCAGACCUCUCAUCUUCCAAAAUCUGAUAUCAUCAAGUUUGUCUUAUUUGCAAAUUGCUCCAUUGUUGGCAUGAAUGUGAGUUUAAUGUGGAACUCUGUCGGUUUCUAUCAGAUUGCUAAGCUGACUAUGAUUCCAGUAUCGUGUCUACUGGAAGUUGUCUUGGACAAUGUGCGAUAUUCAAGGGACACAAAGCUUAGUAUUAUCUUGGUUUUGGCUGGUGUUGCGGUCUGUACUGUCACCGAUGUCAGCGUCAAUACGAAGGGUUUCAUAGCUGCCGUCAUUGCAGUUUGUAGCACAGCACUGCAGCAGUAUUAUGUGCAUUUUCUUCAGAGGAAAUAUUCUAUUGGGUCAUUUAACUUGUUGGGACACACUGCACCAGCACAGGCAGCAAGUUUACUGCUAGUAGGCCCCUUUAUGGACUAUUGGUUAACAAACAAACGAGUUGAUGCAUAUGAUUAUGGCUUGACAUCCACUCUGUUCAUUAUUCUGUCUUGCACUAUCGCGGUAGGGACAAAUCUCAGCCAGUUCAUCUGCAUUGGUAGGUUUACGGCUGUAUCAUUCCAAGUCCUUGGUCAUAUGAAGACUAUUCUGGUCCUAUUCAUGGGAUUCAUUUUCUUUGGAAAAGAGGGUCUCAAUCUACAUGUUGUUCUAGGCAUGGCAAUUGCAAUAGCAGGAAUGGUUUGGUAUGGAAAUGCUUCUUCUAAGCCAGGAGGGAAAGAGCGUCGUAGCUUUUCCCUUCCUACCACCAAAACACAAGAUUAUGCUGCACUACCCGUGUACUCUGAAUCUGUUGAGAAGGCAUAAGAAAUAGCAAGGCUCACAAGAAAGAAAGUGAUUAAACCUUUGCAUAGGAAAAUCAUGUGCCAUUUCGGCGAACUGAUUCAUUUUCUUUAUACCUAGAGGGAAUUCCCAAUUAUUUAUAGAUCAUAUUGACAUGUCUCUACCAUUUGUGUUAAGGAAUUGUUUGGGAGGGAGGACAAGUCUUAUUUUGGAUGAGGGAUUAAAUUAUGUUCCAAUUUUUUUUAUAAUAGAAAAUGUCACUGUUACUUUUUAUAGUAAAGAGUUAUUCCAUUUGUCUUCA